AUGGCCGUUCAGGGCUCUUGUUACGUGAUUGUGUCGCCUGAUCCGACCAAGUCGACACUAGGCAUCGAUGAUGGUGUUGCAGGACGAUAUUUUUUUAUCAAGUUCGGCGACGGCGCAGUCGCUGGGACAACUCGGUACAGCACAAACAACCCGUCGUACUGGCAGGUCCAAAACAACAAUUGCUUCAGUGGCUACCAGUAUACUCACGGGAUUACCGGCAGCAACGACACCAAAAUUGGAAUCUCUCUACAAACUACGAUUCUACAGCGCACCAGAGCUGCCGGCGGCAUGGGUCUGACACGCGUCGGUGAUACAGAGUGGUUCGAGAUCCGGCAGCCAGCGGGACACCCAAACAUUUUAGAUCUUGGGACAGAUCUGAGCAACAUGCUUGCCGGCUUCUCUACCGCCGACCUGGGAUGGAUUAAUAGAGUCCCGAAUCCCAGAACAACAGCAAAUGCUUGGAUGACCAACAGGGUCAAUCGGUGGACAAAUGUGGGACAUAUCUAA